ACUUUGUUGUUGUUGAUUACUUUGAAGAAAUAGCUGUCGCUGUUUAUACUGGACUGAAGUGAGAAGAUCUAACCAGUUGCCUAGUUAUCUCUCCCAGUCCUUCUCAGUCAAUCAUCUUCACGGUCUUCACCAAUCGGCGCAAAGGAAUCAGCCAAUUUAAGGAAGUCAAUUCAGGAGAGAUUCAAUAAUUUCGCCCAAUUUGAAUUCAGUAAAUUGAGCUAAAAUCAUUAUAGAUCGACUGUGUUGCUGUUUCCCCUCGCCACCACCUGCCCACCUCCAUCCUUGCCAUCGCCGAGGUUGCUGCUGGUUCACUUCCUUGCGGCGACGCCGUCCGCUGGGUUCUCUUGAUCUCUUCUCUUCUCGCCGUCGUUGGAGUGUUGGUACUUCAGAAAUCGCGACUGGCCGUCUGCACUGCAGCUCCUCGUUCGGUCGUUUAGAAAUUGCGACUCGUCACUUGUCGCCUCCUCGAUCUAUUCCCUUCACCUGCAGUGGUGGUCGUCGACCUUCUUCCUCGCGGUAGCACCCCUCUGGCCCUGCCUGUCCCUUUUUGCACCACCAAUGUUUCAGCCACUGCUUCCUUGUUGACUCUCUGACCUAUUCAGAGUUAAGAAUGGAGAAAAUCAUUGUUGCCAGCUGAAAUUUUGGAUGUAAAGUGAACUCGUGGGAGACCGGCACCAUCACAUGUAUUGCACAUUGUCUGGUUAUAUCAAAGAUUUGAAUUUGAAUAAUUAUUUUUUGUGGGCUCUUUCUCUCAGAAAAUCAUCUUCACGAUCCUCACCAGCCGGCCCAAAGGAAUAACCAAUUUAAGGAAGUCAAUUCAGGAGAGAUUCGAUAAUUUCCCCAAUCUGAGCUCAAUAAAUUUAGCAAGCUCCAUCGAUGGCGGAUAUCAACAUUGCUUACCUCUGGCUUCUUGUUCUCCUUACCAUCCCACUUUGUCUCCUUGCUCUCUUACUCCUAAUUGUUAGACCCCGCCCCGUCAAGAUUCCUAUAAAAAAUCGCCAUGUGUUCAUCACUGGUGGAUCAAGUGGAAUUGGAUUGGCUUUGGCUCAUCAAUUUGCAUUGGAAGGGGCUCAAGUGUCUAUCCUGGCCCGUUCCCUUGACAAGCUUGAGGAAGCAAAGCACUUGAUCCAGCUUUCGACUGGUGUUGACGUGGCAAUUUUUGCAGCUGAUGUGAGGGAUUUUGACUCUGUACAAAAGGCAGUGGUUGAGGCAGGCCCUAUUGAUGUGUUGGUGGUGAAUCAAGGUGUGUUUCUGCCUCAGGAGCUAGAGAAGCAAGAAUUGGAUGAGAUCAGGUUCAUGAUAGACGUGAAUUUGAUGGGGAGUUUUAACAUGAUUAAAGCUGCUUUGCCUGGAAUGAAGACUAGGAAUGGACGGGGGCCUGCGUCUAUUGCUCUCAUGUCAUCUCAGGCUGGUCAGGUGGGUAUAUAUGGUUACACUGCUUAUUCAGCUAGUAAGUUUGGGCUUCGGGGUCUAGCAGAAGCAUUACAGCAGGAGGUCAUUGCAGACAACAUCCAUGUCUCCCUUAUAUACCCUCCAGACACCGAGACUCCUGGCUUUGCUGAAGAAAACAAAAGAAGGCCACAACUCACAAGUAUCAUUGCUGCCUCCUCUGGGGCAAUGAAAGCAGAUGAAGUUGCCAAAAGAGCUUUAGAUGGAAUCAAAUCUGGUAGUUUUUUUGUCCCAUGCAACUUUGAGGGAUCUUUAUUGGCCAUAGCAACUGCUGGUUUAUCCCCUCAGAGAUCAUUCUUAGUGGCAUUCAUUGAGGUGGUUGCUGCCGGUCUAAUACGUCUAGUCGCUCUCUUUUUCCAGUGGAAUUGGUUUGGAAGUAUAGAAAAGUGGCAUGCACAAAAAAAAUAGUAUGCAUUCAAUAUCUCCUACCUGCAAUUUCCUUUUCUGUGUGAUGAAUGCAGCACCUGGUUUGUCACAUUGUAUUAACCUACUCUGUCCUAACAUUGAUUUUUCCUAUUAUGUUUUGAUUGUAUUGAAGCGAGAUUAUACUGGAAAACUGAGAAUCCUAAUGUCCAAUUUCAAUUACUAUGACAGAGAGUUUACCUACUUUGUUUUUGUUCUUUCCGCA